AUGGCAAGCCGUGGACGCCCACGUGGCUCUGGCUCGAGCUCGAGCUCAUCAAACCUAGCAAAGCACAUGAAGGAGAUGGCCAAGGCAAUGAAGGAGCAGGCCCAAGCCACCACUCUGAUGGCCCAACAACUGUCCACUGGGGACAAGGAUCCCAAUAUUCCCAGGCUGGAGGUGGGACAGACCCGUACAACUUUUGCUAACUUCAAGAAGAUUGGUCCGCCCGAGUUCCGUGGAUCUCUCGACCCUGAUAUGGCAGAAGAAUGGCUGACGGAAAUGGAAAAGGUAUUCACAAUUUUUCCAUGCACUGAGGAGCAGCAAGUGAGCUACGCUACCUUCAUGCUCAAAGCUGAUGCCGAGUUCUGGUGGGAUGGAGCAAGACGGUUGUUGGAGGAUGCUGGAACAGAUAUCAGUUGGGUCACCUUCAAAGAAGCUUUCUACAAGAAGUACUUUUCCCUUUCUGUUCGAGAGUCCAAGGAGAUGGAGUUUCUUCAGCUGAGGCAGGAUAGGAUGAGUAUUGCAGAGUCCACAGAGAAGUUUGAGAGACUCUGCAAAUUUUUCGCCAUGUAUAAGGCUAAUCCAGAUGAAAAGUGGAAGUGUAUGAAGUAUCAAGGAGGGCUCAGGGCAGAAGUCCUAACCGCUAUAGCCCCACUGGAAAUCCGGGAGUUCUCCUCCCUCGUUAGCAAGUGCCAGCCACCGCAGAAGAAGGCCUUUCUUGAGAAACCUACAGGAAGGCAACCUCAACAGGACACGGAUCGACAGGAACCUCCAACUGAUGCCUCACCAAAGACCACCGAACUCAAGGAGUGUGCUUCAUGUGGGAAGCUACAUAGGGGUAGGUGCCUUGCCGGACAAAAUGUCUGCUUCCGGUGUUUUCAACCGGGGCAUAUUGCCAAAGAAUGCCCAGCAGUUCUCCCACCCCCUGCCAAUCCACCACAGCGUCAAGGGCGAGUCUUUUCCCUCAGCAGCAAGGAAGUCCACGAGUCAGAAGAUCGAAUCGAGGGUAAAUACAUAAUUAAUGGAAUCCUUUAA